CGUUAUUGAAAAGUAAUGUCGUUCGAUCAUCAAAGUAAAUCCACUGAAAAGAAUAUCAUCUUAGCACGACAUUCAAAGGAAACAGUGACGGGGAAGAAGAGAGAAAUCAGCAUCAAGAAACAAAGUCGGUCAGACUCAUCAGAUCCGGAAGAUAUUAGAAUAAACGGACCUCUCCUGGAAAACAUAGAACAUCACUCAACCGGAACUGGACUUAUAACAGAACAGAGUAAAUCAGGGAGGUUACAAUCACCCAGAGGAGAGGCAGCUCAAUAUAACAGAGAGAGAGGAAACUCAAACGCUUCAUCUAGUGGCCUAAAACUUAACGAAGAUGAAUCGGAGAAAACUCUAGAUAGUACAGUGGACGGUGACACACAGGAACCAAAGCGCCUUGUCGAUACUGCAAAAGGUCAGGGUCAUUCCCACAAGAAGGCAAACAAAAAUGCUGUGAAAAUUAUAAAAGAUUUAAACUCACAGGGGACUUCAAAUGGCGCUAAAGAUAAACCUGUAAUGAAAUGUCAAGGUCAGGACAUAAAAGACGACAAGAAAGAUAAGCCAGUUUCAAAGAAGGGUGUGAUCAGCACCAAGGAAAAUAAUCAAAGAUCGAGAAUACCUGUAUCCGAAAACUCAAAAACUUUUACGGUUAAUCAUAUUAAUGGAGAAAAUAUCAGAUUAAAUGCUCAACGAAAUUUUUCACUUCUUUCCGAAAAACUGUCAUCUUGCGAUACCAAAAGCUCGAAAACAUCUUUAGAGAAUUUAGAGAUAAAGGGAAAUAAAUUAUACGAUGAGUUUAUGGACAUUAAAUUUUCUUCGUCACAUAGUUUACAACGGAAAUCGCCCAAUAAGUCAGUAGCGAAACAAAACUCUAAAGGAUUAGUAUAUGCAGCGAUGCCUGGUCGAGUACUGGCUUCAUCCGCGGCCAGGAAACUGGAACAGAGGAGGGGACCUCAUACAGGUACCGAGACUAAAGAAAUUGAGUAUCCCCGCAGUGUGGGGCAGGAUAACCAAAAUAACAUGACAGUCGGUAGUCAUCAAAGUAAUGCAUCGCGUAACAGAGGGACUGCAAAUGAAGAUGGAAUCUCCUUAGAAAAUUACGUCAGAAAAUCAUCUCAUGACAGCUCAAUAUCAGUGGAAUGCAUGAGAAAAACCCAGGUCAGAAAGUCAUCUCAUGACAGCUCAAUGUCUAUGGAAAACAGGAGAACAUCUCACAAGGCCACAAGACACGGAAAUAUUGCAAAGAAGAAUGCAAAAAGACAGCAUAGAAGAAUCAGUCAAAAAGGGUUUUCAAGUGAAUCAAAUACAAAGUCCGACGAGGAAACUCAGGGUUCGCAGCUAUCAUUUUCUGAAGAUGACGACGUGAUGGAGGAUUAUCCUGCUCCAAAACCACCAUCUUUUCUACGUCCCACGACAUUCAGUGAUGAAGGCUUCGACACAGUCAGUGAUCACGUCCUUAAAGCCUCAUCAGAAGAAACCGGAAGUUUUAGUUCACUGCUACAAUACCUAUGUGGAAAUGUGGAGUCUGAAAUAGAGCGCAUUCGCGCCAUUUACUGCUGGAUAGUCAGCCGACGACUUCCUAUCAUCGAUGACGUCACAGAUGUUCCAUCAUCUGAAACUCCCAUUGGAUACCUCUGUCUCAUUACGCAGAGAAGAGGAUCCUAUGCUGCAUUGUUCUGUAAGAUGUGCAGGUAUAUCAACAUACCAUGCGUUGUGAUUCAUGGCGUCAGCAAGGGUGUAGCGUAUGAAGUUGGAGAGACUAUGAACAACACAAAACACAGAAAUUCGUGGAACGCCGUCUAUGUGCAGGAAAACUGGCGCCUUGUUCAUUGUCACUGGGCGUCAAAAUCAUCGAGGGGAUACAAGUCUGGCAAAUGGGUUAUAUUAGAUUGUCCGGAAUUUCGUAAAGAUGCCGUGUAUGGAGAGAGUAGAUCGUACAUAGUCAGUACACUUAUAAACGAUUGGUAUUUCUUGACCGAACCAUCAGUAUUUAUCGACAAGUGUUUUCCGAAUGAUGACAGAUGGCAACUAUUAGCAAAGAAAAUCACCAAAGCUGAAUUUGAAUCACGUCCAUUUCUGCAACCUGCGUUUCACGCCUUAGGGCUUAAACUCGUGGAACAAAACCAUUCAUGUGUAGCUCACAUUCAUGGAAAAUAUGUUCUUCAAAUCCGAAUGCCCUUUGAAGCGCGAGACAGAUUAUGUUUUUCUUAUAACCUUUAUUUUCUGCGAGAUUUUGCGGAUGAAGGUGAAUAUGAUUAUCCGACUUUAGAGAGGUACACCCUUCAUUACUGUUUAAAUGACAUGGCUUUCUUUGAGGUUCGAUUCCCUCCGCUUUGUGUUGGGGAAUACAAACUCCAGAUUUAUUGCUGCAACAGUGAGGUUUGCCUCCCAUCAGACUGGAUCUGUGAUUUCAAAAUUGUUUGUGAGAAAGGCAUGAACGUCUGUGUACCGUUACCUGUGGUGCCUAAAAUAGGUUGGGGAAGGAAAACGGAGCUAGAAAAAUACAAGAUCGCCGCUGUUUCGCACACAGGAGGUUUGUACUCAUUGGACAAUGGUGAAGUGACGUUUCUUUUUAUUUUCCCGGAAGAGACAGAUGUUAGAGCAGAACUAGUGAAAAAUGGGCGUUCAAGAUCUGAAUUUGCGGAGAAUGUCAAAGUUGAGAAGAAUGGUGUCGAUGUUUGUAUAACUGUAGAACCUCCAUGUGAAGGUGAAUUUGCUUUACAGAUUUUCUGUCGGGAGCGAGGUGCCCAGAAUGAUGUGAAUGUUUGUAACUACCUGUUGGAAAGGACGUUUCCCAUUGAGUCAAAGUCACAAGAACAGGCGAGGAAACACCUCUUGUCUACUAUUUUAAGGACAUCUGUUACACUACAGGAAUUAACAGACGCCAUUGAAAAGUUUGUGAAUUCUGGAGCUAUAGAUCGGGGUGAAUUGGAGGCAGCUAGAAACAAAUUGAACAUGUUGAAGCAAAGAGAAGAGCUCUUGGAAGCCAUGGCACGUAGAAAUUUAGACAGACUGGAAAAAGUUUUGAAGGACAUUAGCGAUGCCAAGAUGGAGAAUGACAUAGGUUUAGAUAUCAUAUCUAAAGCUGAGGAACUGCUCGCUCACCUGAAGAGAUUGAUGCGAUUCCGGGCAGCUGUCCUGGAAAUGGAUUCAAAGACAAUCUCAGAACUCCGUAGUUACAACAAGCCGCCACUGGCUGUUCACGGAGUCAUGGUGGCUACCUAUGUUCUCCUGGGGGUCGAGGAAAAGGAAAUGAGGCACUGGGUCGGUGUUCAGAAUUUGAUUGGUAAAAGAGGCAGAGAGGGUUUAAAGAAGCGAGUGGAGACUUUUGACGGGAAGUCCGUAAGUCAGAAGAACUGGCACAGAGCCAAGGAAAUACUGAAGGACUACGAUCUCUUCACCGUACAGGACGCCAGUGCAGGGGCCGCCACUUUCUAUCAAUGGGCUAUAAAUAUGAUAACAGACAUCGAAGAACGGGACCACACUGCAAGCUAAAGGCGUGUCCAGCAGAUAAGAGUUUUCAGAGGGUUUUGUUUCAAAAUGUACCACAGAACUAAAUUCUUGUUUUCUGAUUAAUCUUUUAAACCGAGAAGAAAGUUGCAAAAUUAUUAUGAAUGUACUUUGAUUUUUCUGUUUAAUAUAUUAGUGAAUCUAAAAGAUAAACUUUAUUUACCUAGUAUGCUGAAAUUCGCAAAAUGAAGCUUAAUUUAUUUUAUA